UGCUACGAAAGCGCCUGUGAUAAGGUGAACGACGACAGAAGGAAGAGGAGGAGGGAGUGGCGAUUGCAAGGAAGGGCGGUUCAAAGGGAAGGGGGGGGGGGUCAGGAGAAUGGGGGUCACUCAAGUCAGGGAGGGAAGUGUAUCCAUUGGGUAUGCCUGGUGCUAAGUCAUUAUGUUUUAAGGUUGUAAAGUCAGAAGCAAGAGAAAAAGCAACAACUUUCUGUGAGCCGAGAUUGACAUCCCCAUAUGUGUUGCUUUCUGUUGUAGAGCCGGCUGGGAGUAUUCGGGGUUCCGCUCGUAGGGCGGGAGAGUGGCAGGCUGUAUGGUGGGAUGAGCAGUGCAUGCCAGCAGCUCGAAGCGGAGUCUGGAGGCAGGCGUGGCGGAGGCGCGGGUCCCGCGCUGUUCGCGGGGGAGAAGGCCCUCUGCGGUGGGGUAGGCGGCCCUGGCGGCGGCGGCGCUGCCCACGUGAGGUUCAGCUGCGACUUCUGUGACAAGAAGUUCAGCCACAAGAGCGACCUCACCAAGCACCGGCGGACGCACACAGGGGAGAAACCCUACCAGUGUCUGCUGUGCCCGUACCGUGCCACGCAGUCGUCGCACGUGCGGCGGCACGCGCGCUUCUUGCACGGCCAAGACGUGUACGAGUAUAAUUUGCUUUAUUAUGUUUCUUUCUCUGUUAGCUCUUAAGAUAUUUAUUUUUUGUAGUGAUACUGAAAAAUAGUCCUGAGUUUGUUCAAUACCUGUAUAUUUUUGUACAUGUGCCAAUAAAUCUUAUAAAUGUU